CUUGUUUGUGUGGUGCCGCCGCCGCCGGUGCAGCCGCCGCCGCCGCCGCUGCCCCCGUCUGUACCGCAGUGUCUGCUCCGCCCGCCCGGCCCGGCCCGGCCCGCCCCCCUCCCCCACCCCCGCCCCCGGUCCCGUCAGCGGGGUCCGGAGCCCCCACUGUGCCGUCGCCGCUGCCUUCUUCGACGCCUCCGUCGCCGCCCGAGCAGGCGAGCUCGCCGGGGAGGAACACCGCCACCGCCAGGAUGGAUAGAAUGACAGAAGAUGCUCUUCGCCUAAAUCUGUUGAAACGGAGCUUGGACCCAGCAGAUGAGCGCGAUGAUGUCCUGGCAAAGAGACUCAAGAUGGAAGGGCAUGAGGCCAUGGAGCGUCUGAAAAUGUUGGCACUGCUCAAAAGGAAGGAUUUGGCAAAUCUUGAAGUGCCGCAUGAGUUACCCACCAAGCAGGAUGGCAGCGGUGUCAAGGGCUAUGAAGAGAAGCUCAAUGGUAACCUCAGGCCUCAUGGAGACAGCAGGACUGCUGGAAGGCCAGGGAAAGAAAACAUCAAUGAUGAGCCUGUGGACAUGAGUGCUAGACGGAGUGAGCCUGAUCGAGGAAGGCUAACUCCCUCUCCAGAUAUCAUUGUUUUGUCUGACAAUGAGGCUUCCAGUCCUCGUUCUAGCUCUCGAAUGGAAGAAAGACUUAAAGCAGCCAACCUGGAGAUGUUUAAGGGGAAAGGCAUCGAGGAACGGCAGCAGCUCAUCAAGCAGCUGAGGGAUGAGCUGCGAUUGGAAGAAGCCAGACUCGUGCUGUUAAAGAAGCUGAGACAGAGUCAGCUGCAGAAGGAGAAUGUAGUACAAAAGACUCCAGUUGUACAGAAUGCAGCAUCUAUUGUUCAGCCAUCUCCUGCCCAUGUGGGACAGCAGGGCUUAUCCAAGCUUCCCUCCCGGCCCGGGGCCCAAGGGGUUGAACCUCAAAAUUUGAGAACAUUACAGGGUCACAGUGUCAUCCGUUCAGCGACCAAUACCACCCUCCCACACAUGUUGAUGUCUCAGCGUGUUAUUGCACCAAACCCAGCGCAGCUACAGGGUCAGCGGGGCCCACCUAAGCCUGGCCUUGUACGCACCACAACACCCAACAUGAAUCCUGCCAUCAAUUACCAACCACAGUCAAGUUCUUCUGUUCCCUGUCAGCGCACAACAUCCUCUGCCAUCUACAUGAACCUUGCUUCCCAUAUUCAGCCAGGGGCCGUGAACAGAGUGUCCUCACCACUUCCUAGCCCCAGCGCCAUGACUGAUGCUGCCAACUCACAGGCUGCAGCCAAACUGGCUCUUCGCAAACAGCUGGAAAAGACCCUCCUGGAGAUCCCACCCCCAAAACCUCCUGCUCCCCUGCUUCACUUCCUGCCUAGCGCAGCCAAUAGUGAGUUCAUCUACAUGGUAGGCUUGGAAGAAGUCGUACAGAGUGUCAUUGAUAGCCAAGGCAAGAGCUGUGCCUCACUUCUGCGGGUUGAACCUUUUGUAUGUGCCCAGUGCCGCACAGAUUUCACCCCUCACUGGAAGCAAGAAAAGAAUGGUAAGAUUCUAUGUGAGCAGUGUAUGACCUCAAACCAGAAGAAGGCCCUAAAAGCUGAACACACCAACCGACUGAAAAAUGCUUUCGUGAAAGCCCUCCAGCAGGAACAGGAAAUUGAACAGCGAUUACAGCAGCAGGCAGCCCUCUCCCCCACUACGGCUCCAGCUGUGUCCAGCGUCAGUAAACAAGAGACUAUCAUGAGACAUCAUACACUUCGACAGGCUCCACAGCCCCAGAGCAGCCUCCAGCGUGGCAUCCCCACAUCUGCUCGCUCCAUGCUUUCGAAUUUUGCACAGGCACCCCAAUUGUCUGUGCCAGGUGGCCUCCUUGGUAUGCCAGGUGUCAACAUAGCAUAUUUGAACACUGGCAUCGGAGGACAUAAAGCCCCCAGUUUGGCAGACCGGCAGCGUGAAUACCUUUUAGACAUGAUCCCUCCCCGGUCUAUAUCGCAGUCCAUCAGUGGACAGAAAUAACGCCUGUUCCACUUGCCCUGCCCCAGCCUUGAAUCCUUUGCCCCUUUCCUCCCCAUGCCCCCAACUUCCGUCGCAUGCAGUGCCUGUACUGGUGCCUACCAUACACGGAAAGCAAAACAGAAAACAGAAGACAAAAAAUAGAAAUCAGCAACACACGCCCUGCCCGCCAACUCCCCUUCACUUCACACUGCUGCGAUCUGUUCUGCCACUCUGUCUUCUCACUCUGGUUUUCUUUAACAGUGAGGUGGAUCUUUGCCUCUGCUAGAGGUCAGAAUGAGGUCCUGGGGAGAAUCCAAGCCCUCUGACAUGUGGUUCUGAAGUUUAUUUUAUGCUAUAAUUAUUAUCAUUUUUUAAUGAUGUUGUGUGUCUUCCCUUUGUUCAGUGAACGGUUAAGCCCUCUUCCCUCAAUCUUUUUCUUUUCUUUCUGCGUGCCUGUCUUUGGUUUUGUUUUUUGUUUUGUUUUGUUUUCAAUCUUUUUAUCUUUUGGUGAACACAGAUAACAUUCAGUGAGAAUGAUGGGAACACUGCAAAGUGCAGCAAGGUCCCCAGCUGCCAAGCAGGUCAUUAGUGGGAGUGGUAGAAGCAGAAGUUUUGAAUGCACUUAACCAGAGAUGGGGGCAGAGGUGGCAUCAGACAGGAAGGGCCAGCUGUGGGUUUGUUGGGGCUGGACUGUUUGGGAGGCAGUGUUUAGUAUUGAAGUUGGGCUCUAGGAAUGAGGGGCAAGAGCCUGGAAGGAGAAGCUUUAAAACUCCACCACCUUGGAAUUUACCGAUGGAGGAUGGGGAGAAGGAGGUAUAGCGCUGAGUGUAGUGAUGAGCCGAGGAGAAGCAAGACCUUGUCCUGGCCUUCUGCACCCCAAGGGGUCUGAAAAGGGUGGUCUCCUUGAUCCCACUGGGACACAGAAGUUACUCCAGGCCAACUAGCCCAAAAUUAUUGCAUCUUAUUUUCUUUGUAAAAUUCUUCCCCACCCCACCCCUUUUUAAAAAUCCUGAUCUUCCCCCUAUAACCACAGUUCUAUCUAUAAUAUAGAGGAAUGGCUGUUCCUGGGUUGAUUUUGCUGGGUGUCCUAGAAGUUGGAAUGGGUAUGAGUCAGGUGACAGAGGGAGAGCAUAGAUGAAAAAGAGAUUUUUCUCAGCAGUUCUGAGUCUUAGAUUUGCCUCUCCCUUCACUUUCCAAGUGCCAGGAGGUGAGAAUGAAGGCACCUGAGGAGGUGAGAGAACCGCCCUGACUGCAGAACCCACUGCUCAUGUCCAAACCAACUCUGGAUCUCUGCUGUAGUAGUCGUGUAUCCGUCCCCCCCCCCCCAGGAUUCUGUUGAUUUUGCUUCAUUUUAUUUUAAUUUUUUUUUAAGCGCUACUAAUUUAGAGAAUGAAUUGAAUUGUGCAAUGUUGCUAUUCUGGUGAUUGGGGAGAUUAACAUCCCACUUGCCCACACUAUGGGAGAGGUUGGUGGGGAUGGGGCGGUGUCUGAGGUGAGGGAGAGCCCUCAGAGGAUGGGCUUCUGCUCUCCUCAGGGUGCACGCCAUCAGACCCUCCCACUCCGGAGCUGCCAGAGGCUGCUGGGGGAUACUCUUAGCAGAGAGGGCUGUGGAGAAUUUUAAUAUUUUGCCCUUUAAAGCCACCUGAGAAAGUUCCCUCAUUUUUAUUUUUAAAAAUUAAAGAAUUUUUUUAAAGUAAGAAGGCACUUUUAAAAUUAACACACACCCAAACUGCACAUCUUCCCCAUAAAAUUUGGGGUGGGGUGGGAGAAGGAGCUGAAAUCGGGUUCAGUUUCCCACUUUGGCCUCUGCUCUCUGCACCCCAGUGCCACUGUGGGUGAUUAUACUGGCCCUACGGGCCUUCCUGGCUUUUUUCUUUCUUCCCUUCCCCCAAAUUCAUGGAGCACUUAAUUAAGGAGCAGAGAUGCAGCUAGUGUCUGCGCUCCCCACGUGAUGAAGUGAUCUGGAAGCGAAGCACUAGGAGCAGGUAGUGAUCGGGUCGUUUUCAAGUAUUUUUCUGGGGAAUGUGGUACCCCUGACUGUACGUGAUGGGAGAGGGAGGGGGGUUAAUGGAACUGGGUCUGGGAUUAUUUUAAAAUUAUAUAUAUAUAUAUAAAGAUAUAUUCUUACAUCUUUUCUUUGCCCUCUGUGCUUUGAAAGCACUGGAUAAAAGCGUUUGGUUUUGCUUUUCUCUCUUCCACAAAAUUGGAAGCGUGUGGGGUUUUUGUGUGCGUGUGUAUGUGUUUUUUUUUUUUUUUUUUUUUUUUUAAUGUUUUCUUACAAGUCAUCUUGCCUUUGGGCAUGUCUGUCUAGCCUCCCCCAUGAUGAAGUGCCAUUUCUGUUACAUCUCCCUCUCCCCAGCUCAGAGGUGCUCAGUGGUACAAGGUACCCAAGUUUGUCAGUUGAGAUUAAAAGUAAGGAACAGAGAAUGUGCAAUACCGUCUGGCUGCGGCUGUCCCUGCCCUGAGCUGAGUCCCCGCCCUGGGAGCCAGGCCACUUUGCAAUGAGGUUUGGAAGAACGGUGUGUGGAGAUGGGGAGAGAAGGGGAAGGAAAGCCCGAUGCCAGGCACCUGCUUGGGUGCUGAGGCCAUAAUAGGGCAGAGGGUGGACUCUUCCCUGGUUUGAAUCCCCUCAGGGUCAGUUACACAAAAGCUGCUUGUUGACUAGUAUAGCUCUGUGACCCUUUACUCAGUUACUGAGGUUUGAUUUCUUCUCCUUUCUUCUCCCAGUUUUCAUGCCCUUCCCAGGGGAUAGUGAUGGGGGUGAGGUCUUAAUCAUGGUCAAGUAUUAGCCUUCCACCUCCUCUCCUCCCUCCAUGUCCUUGUCCGUCCGUCUUCCUCAAUUCUCUACUUCUUCAUCACUGAUUACCCUGUCUCCCUCCAAGUCUCAUUGGUAUCCGUCCCUGGGCCUUGGGCCCUGUGGACACUAAGCCUCAUGCCUUUAGGACAGGAGAACAGAUCCUCUGGUCAGAGUCAUUGCUUACCUUGAGCUCCACAUGAAGCUCAGAGUGUUGGCAGAGUGUGGAUCCCAGGGACUCGGCCUGGCUCCCUCCAGCCCCGGGCACUGACGGUGUCUUGCUCCCUAGAAACCUGGUACCGGGCAGAUUGCUGUGUGGCUUGGGUAAGGCUGGGAGGCAGAGGUCCAUAUUUGUCAUUUUUAUUUUGUCAUUUGACCACAGCAUCUGGAUUCCCUUCAUCCCUGGAAUAAGUAUUUUCCUACAUUUUUGGAUAUAUGUAUGGUAGACAAUUUUUUUUAAGACACAGAGAUAAAUGUUUUCCUGCUUUGGUUACCUUUCCUUUCCCCUUUAAAAGGAAUUAGCUAUAGAACUGCUUUGUAAAGAUGCUUCUUGAUAUUUUACUUUUUGUUCCUUUUCCCUAACCAUUCCCUUUUCUCCCCAAUCCUCCAGAAGGCAUAACCCUUCUCUCCACACACCCCACCCCACCCCAAUCCUAGGCUCCAUUCCCUUCCAUCAAGACCUUCAUUAGCUUAUGAUAUUUGCUGCCGAGAUGUUAUAACAAGGACUCAUUCGUGUAUAUAAGCUAUUUCUUGAUCCAUUUAAAAGGAAUUGUACAUUGUGUAGAAAAAAAAAAAACUGAAAAAGAGAAAAAAAAGCCCUAGCCAUGGAUAUUGUGAAACUGUGUUAUGUCAUUUUGUAAUGUGCCCGUUUGUGUAUGAUCCGUGCAAAAGGGUUUCUGGGGAAGGGGAGGGGGUAGGGAGGCACGGCUGUGGAGGGUGGGUAGGGGAGUGGGCCGGGCCCAGCACGCUGAGACUGGCAGCUGCUCCAACCCCAUCCCUCCUUAGAGAUGCCACCUCCCCCACCACCCACCCCUAAUUUGUGCCUUGCCUCCCCACCCUGGAGUAGUCCCUCCGGGUCACCAGCACUGCCUUGGCAGAGCCCACUCCCUAUCCCAACCUGCCCACCCGCCCUACCUCCCCAGCGUUAGGUUGAUACUGUGGGGAAGGCUGGGGGUUGGGAGGUAGCCGAGGAAUGGGGCAGUUCCCCGGGGGCAUCGAAACCAAGUAUUAUGAAUUGUAAUUGUAUUUGCACUGUUUUUUUCCCUCUGAUUGCAUCAGCAUAUAUACAAUAUACCUAUAUAACAAAAUCCAGUGUCAAGCUUUCUUAUGCAAGGGAUUCACCCCACCCCAACCCUCCCCACCCCCUGAGGAGAAAGAGCCUGGUCCCCUGGGCCUGUGGAGGGUGGCACGUCAGGGGACAGUCGAGAGAAUCUUAAGACAUCCUCAGGGCCUCACCAGGUGAGAGCCCUGUGUACCUGCAGUUCUAGGCCCGGAAUCUGAGGUGAGGCCGGGUUCCUGUGCUUGCCAGUGGAGAGUACCCUUUGCUCAUGCAGAGGGUGGCGUGGGGCACAGUCGAGAUCUGGGCUUUCCUGCUGAUCUGCUGUGUUGUCUUUUUAGUAGUUAAUUUUCUGGGCCUCAAUAUCUUAGAAAUGAGAGUUAAAUCAUCCAACUACAGAUUUUAAAUUCUAGGCUUCCUUUCUACUCACCAAAACAAAACAAAACAAAAAAAAACUUGAGGUGAAGAAAGUGUUGCACUAAAAAACCAAGUAGGACGCUGAAGUGGCAGGUAUGUGGUGGCAGUGUGGUGAGACCCUGGGAGAGCUGGCUGCCCCUUUCUGCUUUGGGAGGAGCAGCAGAGUGGCCGCUGAGACAUCAGACUCGUGAUAUAUUCAUGUUCACCUUAAGUUUCUAGUCAUCUGAAAACAGACUAGAUCCCAAGUCCCACCUCACAGCCAACCACAGAGCCCUGCAGCUGGCUGGCCAUUCAGUGUCCCAAUGCUGAUCUAGUUAGAUAUUCCCCUUGUGAGCUGUACCAAGUGGGACUUUCCUGUCAUCUUGUGACCAAAAGGAAGAGCUGCUGCUAGAGCCCACAUCUUACCCUCUCACCUUAGAGCUCAGUUGAACUCCUGCCAGCAGCCAGAUCACCAUGUGUCUCCCUCGGGAGCCCAGUGUGCCUACAGACAGGGCUG